GAGCGGCUUCUAUACAGAGAAGUUGUCCGUUCCGUGCAUAUGGCCGUUUCGCCGAUGUAUACUUCGCAAAAUCGACCGCAAUAUGAUCGUGAUCACCCUCAUGGAAUUCUCGCGCACAGGGUUCGGACGCAUCCAUCAGGAUGCACCUGUCCUGAAGUGCUACUCUGAAGGGUUCGAAGUGCCAAUCUUCUGAUCGUGACAUCCCAUUCCCUGUGGGCUACCUGACUAACCGGCGCCUGAUUGCUGCAGUCGCCUUUAAAAGUUGUGAUCGCACUGUUUUGUUGCCUCCAAUCCUUCCAUCAUGGCUAACUCCUUCACCUUCCUUGACUUGUCUUUUACCUUACUUGGGAUCUACCUCCUCAAGCGCAUUCUUUCCUCUCGCUAUUCAACACCUCUCCCACCUGGGCCCAAAGGCCUGCCAAUCAUCGGGAAUAUAUUAGAGAUGCCGUCGUCUCAAGAAUGGAAGACAUUUGCUCGAUGGGGUAAACAAUGGGGCGGCCUCGUCUCUGUCAAGGUCCUUGGACAGCCAAUCAUCAUCAUCAAUUCUGUUCAGAUCGCUAUGGAAAUGCUGGACAAGAAGAGCGCGAUCUAUUCUGACCGGCCUGUCCUCAUGAUGGGCAGCGAGAUCGUUGGUUGGAAAUGGACCUUGGCUCUGACUCCCUACGGAGAUCGCUUCAGGGAGUAUCGGAAGAUGCUCCAUGGCCUCAUGGGAACUCGAACGCAUAUCGAACGUUUCCACGGCAUUAUGGAGCUGGAAACACAUCGUUUUUUGCGUCGCAUCCUUGAGAAUCCGGAAGAUCUGCAGGACCACAUCCGAAAAACUGCCGGUGCCAUCAUUCUCAACAUCUCGCAUGGAUAUCAUGUUAAGGAGCACAAUGACCCCUUCAUCGCUAAUGCAGACACUGCGACAGACCAGUUUUCGCGUUCGACCGAGCCGGGUGCUUUCUUGGUGGACGUCCUUCCUGCUUUACGGCAUGUACCCGAUUGGUUCCCGGGAGCCGGUUGGAAGCAGACCGCAAAACAGUGGAAUGCCGAUUUGAAAAGAAUGGCCGACAUGCCCCAUGAAUUCGUGAAGCAACAAAUGGCAGCAGGAACUGCUUUACCUUCCUUCACAUCGGGCUAUUUGGAGCAACAGCCAACACCUACACAAGAGAAGCAUCUCAAAUGGGCUGCCGCAUCGCUUUAUUCUGGUGGUGCUGACACGACGGUAUCCGCGAUCUACACAUUCUUCCUAGCUAUGACCCUCUACCCCGAUACACAGAAGCAAGCACAACAAGAGCUGGAUUCGAUCGUGGGGACAGAUCGAAUUCCUACCUACAGCGACCGGGCCAGUUUGCCUUACGUUGAUGCCUUGGUCCAGGAAGUUCUGCGCUGGAAUCCCGUUACACCACUGGGUGUCCCACACCGUCUCACGGAGAACGAUAUACAUGACGGGUAUCUAAUCCCCAGCGGGUCCAUUGUCAUACCAAAUAUUUGGCAAUUCACACAUGAUGAACAAAACUACAAGGACCCGAUGACUUUCAACCCGGAUAGAUUCAUUGCAUCGAAGAGUCGAAAUCAGGAACAGGAUCCCAGGACCCUCAUCUUUGGGUUUGGUCGACGCGUCUGUCCAGGCCUGAAUCUAGCAGAUGCGUCCAUCUUUAUCUCCUGUGCUAUGGCAUUGGCUCUGUUCGACAUUACAAAGAAGGUUGAGAACGGUGUGGUCAUCGAGCCUGUCAACGACUACACCAGUGGCACUAUCAGUCACCCCAAACCAUUCAAAUGUUCUAUCAGCCCUCGUAACGAAAAAGCCCGCACCGUCAUCAAUUCAGUCAGCUUGUUGGAUGACAACUGAUGGCACUCUGUAACCAAUAUUCCUUUUGCGCAAAAACUGUUCUCGAUCUUUUUCUUUUUGAUCUUUAUCGUGUUUUCAUUCUGGGUCCGAGGCUACGACCUUGGGCAACGUAGUAGUAGCAUAUACACUUGUAUUGUAAUUUUUGGUGGUAAUUCAUCUGUUCUCUCAAC